CACCACACUCGGAAGACGACCAGCCGCUUCACACAAAAGAUAAAGCGGUUUUGCCAUAGCGAGCAACUUCCUCUGAACGCACCGCCAGGUUUAUCAUAUAUAGUGCUACUAUUUUCUGAAUUCAUUGAUUCCAGCUCGACGGCAUUUUGUGCUCUGGGCUUCAAAGAAGUUGGCCAGUUGCGCGUGAAGAUGGACGGGCCUCCUCGCCGGAUGAGCUGCGAGGACGAUGCUUGCUGGGUUUGCUUAGAGGGGUCAUCAGCUGCGGCUGGGCGGCUGGAGUACCCGUGCGCGUGUCCGCGCGGUGUGCAUGCCAAGUGUCUAGCCCGGUGGCAGCUCCAAUCCGCCGGCCGCGAGGAGGAGCGCGCCUGCCGCUUCUGCAAGCAGACGCUGCCCGACUGGCGCGACACGCUGACGCCCAAGGUGCCGGCGGCGCCGCCCGUCAUGGCCAUCGUGUACGACGGCAAGGUGGUGCGGCUGCAGGUGAAGCCGGGCAAGGAGGGCAUGGAGGAGUUCCAGCGCCAGGUCCGCGCCGCCUUCGGGCUGGGCGACGACGUGGAGCUGGACUGCGUGUUCGACUGCCGCGCGCCCGGCACUGGCGAGAAGAUCAAGCUGCGCGGGCUCGAGUCCUACUCAGCCGCUAUGCACUGCGCAGCCGUAGCCGCCGGCGAGCGCCUAGCCAAGGCAGUGGGCAGUGGCAGCAGCAGUAGCACGAGUGGCGGCGCGGCCGCGAGUGGGAGUGGCGCCGGCGCAAGCGCGGGUGCGGCGGCGGCGGGUGCGGCAGCUGGCAGCGCCUCCGGCGCCGCGGCAGGGCCGUCGUCUGCGGCCGGUGUGGCCCCGCACCACCUUCCAUCGCCCACCGCUACUGCCUCGGCCUCCACGGCUACCUUUGCGAUGGCGGGUAUGUCGCCUGCGUCGGCGGCCGCCCACGCGCACGCACGUGGCGCCUGCCUCCCACCCGGGGCCGAGGACAUGGGCGUUGACGGGUGUGGCGGCCCCGGCGGCGCGGACGGCGGCGCCGGCACGCCUGGGCGGCGGCGCAGCCUGUUGUCAGGGCUGUUCCGCUCGUUGGCGUCAGCACGGAGGGUGAUGUGAGGAAGGAGGCGCCAGUGAGAAGAGGGGGCAGGAGGGGUUAGCACAGCUGGAGGCGAACCCGAGGGCCCCACGGCGUUGGCCGGGCCGGUGCGGUGCGGGGCUAGUCAGGAGUGGCUGGGGAGUACUGUGCAGCGGCGGAGUGUUUGUUUUCGCAAUCACUUGGGCUAAUGUUGGAACACUGAUUCCAAGAAACAACUGCCAUCUGCUGCUUACCUGCCAAACUACGGCAGCAGAUCACGACGGUACACGGUACACACACACACACGCGCCGCUGAAAUGCGGUCUGCAAACGGUACCGAGGGUGAUGUAUGUGCUUAUGCACUUAGAGCUUAAUAGGGAUGGAAGGCUGGCGUGUCAAACGUGGGGGCAAAGCCCACGGCCCUGUUGUUAGUUUGCCGGUUGGCCGGCUAGCUGAUUGCGGGACCGUGUGGUCUAGAGCCGCCCUAAAAUCAUGCAUGCCAAGAUGUCCUCACCGCAUACAAUGUUAUAGAUGCUGGGGUGUCUUGGUCUUCCGGGAGGCGGCCGGGGCCGACCCCAGCAGCCAGGGGCAGAUGAUUGUGCUCCCCUGUGCAAGACUUGGUGCAUGAGCGGUGUUGGGGCUUGUGCCAUAGUUAUAGCCUAGCAACUAGACUGAUGCUCUUGUAGGUUGUAGAGCAGCGGACCAGCGGUAAGCCGCAAGCCACUUCGGCAGUAGCCCCACUGCGUGAUUGUCCGGUGGGCGCUUGGACGCACUACUGUAGAUGUACGGCAUGCUGUGACGGCGGGCGGCUACAGUCCUCGUUUGUGACUGCUGAUACCCCGGCCAGGGGCCCAGGGCGCCCUAUCUGUGUAAGACGUCCGGGUCUGAGCUGGUGCCCCCUUCCGGCACCUCCAGCACCGCCCGCAGCCUGGGGCUCGAAGCUUUCCCGUUGUGCAUCUGCAGCUCUGGGGGCGCUGCACGCAACAAGUUACAUGACCGCUCAAGGACGGCUGGACGGUCCCUUGUAAUCCCUCAGGCGA